CUCAUCCCCGGCGACACCGUAAGAAUGCAUCAACAGAAAGCAACGCGCAUGGUCAUCCUCUUCUCCCGAACCAAGCGCAUCCCGAACCAAGCUCGGAGCCGCCAAGGCCACCUCCGAACCAUAUUUGACGGCACGCUGAAAGCAAUCCGCGACCGAGGGCUAGACCACGCAGUGGAACGAGAAAGGAACCUGAAAGGCUUACUAACCCUCAAAGAUCUCAUAAAAAGGGAACCCUCGAAAUCCCUCCCAGUUUCCCUCAUCAAACACUCCUUCAACCUUCCCUUUCGCCCCAUCGCUUUCAUCCGGAGAUACCCCUCAGUCUUCGAAGAGUUCGUUCCUUGCGGCAUCCAUCCCCACGUUCGCCUCACUCCCCAAACCCUCAGCCUCGACGCUGAAGAACAAUUGAUGCACCAAACUGACCGCUUCAAGCAACAUGUCGCUGACCGGCUUCUGAAGCUCUUAAUGAUUGCAAGGGUUCAUAAAAUCCCCCUCCGAGUUAUUGAACUGUUAAAAUGGGACCUUGCUCUCCCUCAUAAUUACGUUGAGACGGUGAUACCUGAGUUUCCCGAUUGUUUUCGCAUUGUCGAUGAGUUUCUUGAGCUUGUUUGUUGGAGCCACGAGUUGGCGGUUUCUGUUUUGCAGAAGAAUGGGAAAGGAAAUGAAGAUUUGGAGUUGGUGUUUCCUGUUCAGUUUUCCAACGGUUUUGAGAUGGAUAACAAGUAUGAGAAGUGGUUGAGGGAAUGGCAGAGGUUGCCUUAUGUGUCUCCUUAUGAGAAUUUGUCUUGUCUUUCGGGGAGUAGUGAUGAGUCUGACAGGUGGGUUGUAGGGGUUUUGCAUGAGAUUCUUAAUGUUUUUGUUGGUAAGAAGAUUGAGAAGGAUAAUUUGUUAGUGUUUGGUGAGUGGUUGGGGUUGAGAUCGAGGUUUAAGCGGGCUUUGUUGCAGCAUCCGGGUAUUUUUUAUGUGUCUGGUAAAAUUGGAACCUAUACUGUUGUUUUGAGAGAAGGUUACAAGAGGGGUUCGCUGAUCGAAGAUGAUCCGGUGAUGAAUUUGAGGAAUCAGUAUGUUCAUCUGAUGAAUAGUGUAAAAGAAGAUGGCAAAGUGAGAAAGGUGGUGCAAGAAAAGGGUAGUGUGAAUGAGUCUGAUGCCAAUGGCGUUGAAGGGAUGGAAGGAGAGGGCACGGGUGAUGCGGAUAGUGGGGAGGAGCAUGAAGAGGAAGAUUGUGAAGUUGAGGAUGCUGGUGAAAGUGUUGUUGAUGAUGAUGAAGAGCGGUCUCGGAGAGGUAGUUGUAAAAUUGCUUCUGGUAGAAGGGGCAGAGGGUUUGGGAAAGUCAAGUUGGAUGUUGAGAUGCCUUUGAGGAGUUCUCAGGGAGAAAGAUUGAUGCGGAAGCUUACACAGAAAACCAGAGAGAAAAGUCCAUCAGAAGUUUCCAGAAGAAAACAAGUGCAAGGUGCACAUAAAGAUAUUGAGAGCACACAGAGGAGAUCAAGAUCCUCUAAAGGCAGUGGAAGGUCAUUAACCGGCAAGAAAACACCUGUUUUGUAAAGAUUCAUUUGUUUUU